CUAUGGUCUGCUGUCACUGGUGUCACUAGUCAAUUGAACAGAAAUCAAAAAGAAAGGUUUUGAAUCUCAACAUCAACUACAUUGAAAAACAUUGAUCAGAAAAUUAACGGAAAUUGUUUCGUUGAAUGAAGAUUUGAAAUAUGCAGUUUUAUUAAAUUUAUUUAAAUGGCAGAUAAUGGCGUAGGACCAUCAAGUCAAAAGACCGCCUUAAUGAAACAAAACAAUUUGGAAUGUAAAAAUCUCUAUGAUUAUCUUAAAUCUCGCCCCCCAAAUGUGCUCGAGAAACUGUAUAACCAUCCUACGAUAUGUUUAGCGGUAUAUAGAGAACUGCCAGAGUUAGCAAGGCAAUAUGUCAUCCGAAUACUUUUUGUGGAACAGCCAGUUCCACAGGCUGUUGUGGCCUCAUGGGGUUCCCAAGCCUUCUCUAAAGAACACGUUUAUGUCAGCAAAGUAUUAACGGAGUUGUCAGUUUGGCAAGAGGCGGCCAUACCUGGUGGACUUCUUGGAUGGAUUCUGUCCCCAACAUUCAAAAGGCAAUUGAAGGUGGCUCUUCUAGGAGGUGGAAAGGCAUGGAGUAUGUCAUCAGCAUUAGAAGUUGAUAGCAAAGCUAGAGAUGUAACUUUUCUAGACGCUUAUUCUCAAGAACGUUGGGAGUGUGUGUUACACUAUAUGGUCGGAUCUCAGCAACAAGAAGGUAUUUCUGCAGAUGCUGUACGAAUAUUGCUCCAUGCUGGAUUAAUGAAACGUGAUGCAGAUGAUAGCAGUCUUGUAAUAACACGACAAGGCUUUCAGUUUUUGCUGUUAGAUAGACAAGCUCAAGUGUGGCAUUUUUUACUUCAAUACUUGGAUACUGUGGAAGAACGAGGUUUAGAUCUGGUGGAAUGUCUCACAUUCCUAUUUCAACUUAGUUUUAGUACUCUUGGGAAAGAUUAUAGUACUGAAGGAAUGAGUCCAGGAUUGUCAGUAUUUUUACAACACCUUAGGGAAUUUGGUUUAGUAUACCAAAGAAAACGUAAAGCUGGGCGUUUUUACCCAACAAGACUAGCAUUGAAUAUAACGAGCAGCCAAAGUAAAGCAGCACCAGAUAUAGAAGAAGAUGCUCCUAAAGGUUACAUUGUAGUCGAAACGAAUUAUAGAGUGUAUGCCUACACAGACUCGAAUUUGCAGGUUGCUCUUGUUGGUCUUUUCACUGAACUCAUGUAUAGAUUUCCAAAUCUAGUUGUGGGUGUUAUAACUCGUGACUCGGUUAGGCAGGCACUCCGAGGAGGUAUUACAGCGGACCAAAUAAUAGGAUUUCUCAAACAACAUGCACAUCCCCAAAUGUUAGAAGCAGAGGUGAAACAACCUCUACCUCCAACUGUCGUAGAUCAGAUUAAGCUUUGGGAACUCGAACGAAAUAGGUUAACUUAUAGUGAAGGUGUUUUGUAUAGUCAAUUUCUUUCUCAAGCUGACUUCAAUGUUUUAAAAGAGUAUACAAAAUCAAAUGGAUGUCUUAUAUGGUAUAACAAGGAAAAAAGAACUCUAGUUAUAAAUAAAUCGGCACAUGAUGAUGUGAAAAAAUUUUGGAAGAGGUAUUCUAAGGGAACUUAGAUAAUUACGAGGUUUUAAUAUAUUUAUAAGUGAAGAAGAUAAAUAAAUAUCUACAUUUUA